GAGUGAGCUAGGGAUGGAUUCACCUAUUCUUCCAUUUUGGGGUACUAUUACAGAUUAUAAGCUCCCCACAGUUUCCGGACGUAUCGUCCGGCGGCCAUAUAGCGUCUUAGACGAUGAGUCCAAGGAGAAGUUUGAGACCGCCGUUAGAAAAUUGAAGGAACUUCCCGUCAAUCUUGCGGAUUAUGAUCUCAUCAUUAGAAGUUUGAACCAAGCUCAAUUCCCCCCUGAAGCGAGCUCCGGAGUGAUCUUCCCUUCUUACCACAGAAUGUUAUUGCACUUCAUUGAAAAAAGUUUUCAAGAUGAUAUCCCCGUGCAGGCCAUGCCUUACUGGAAAGACUGGCUAGACAUUGAUUUACCCGGUCCAGCCGAUAGUGGCCUGCAGUUUUCUUCCAUCGAUUUCGGCAUGGAGAACCUCAAGUUCAGCUCCGAUGUGGACCGGUGGUGGACCGUUUGGCAAAUUCUGGGCGGCAAACGUGCGGCUAUCACCGACCCAGAAUUGCUGCAGACGUCGUUCGUGUUGUACGAUGAAAACAAUAAUCUUGUCAGGAUUAAGGUUGAAGAUUGUCUGGACAUCCAGAAGUUAGGCUACACUUAUGAGGAUUUGCCGAAACCAAGAAGCAAGAAGUUCGAGCCGUUCACCAGAAAAAACCCGAGCAGCAGCGGAUCAAGUCUUCCCACAGCCACUGCCAUCUUGCCGGCGACCUUAAACGAGACUGUCAAGUUUUACGUGACGAGGCCGCCGGUGACGGAAGACAAGGAGGCGGUGCUGAAUUUGUACGUGGAGUACGAUGAAACAAAGAAUAUUAGGUUUGACGCGUACCUGAACGAGUACAAGGACGCGAAUUCGCUAGACGUCGAAAUGGCAGAGUACGCCGGAAGUUUCAUCAACUUCGCGCGGCCGCUCCAGGGAUCGGAGCAGACCAAGACGACGACUUGGAGCCUGGAAAUCGCCCAAGUGCUUCAGGACUUGACGCUCGCCGGUGAGAACAAGAUUCCGGUGACUCUAGUGCCAAAAAGUAGCGGUGAUUUGGUCACCGUCAAGAGAGUCGAUAUCACUGGUUAAGAUCCAGCUUUAUCAGUGUUUUUUUCUAAAGGUGUUAUUAUGUGUGUGAGUUUUUUUUUUUUUUUGAAAACUACGGACUCUAUUACAAUGCAGUAUCUGUUCAUAAUUACUUUCUCAACCUAUUGAAGCGGGCUCGAAACUACCUCCUCCCGUAUAAAUGGAAGGGUUUUAUGCCACUGGAAUACAAGGUCCUUGGCAUUAUGUGUGUAAGUUAAGUGUUUUUUACAUUGUAAAAUCCAGAUAUAUAGUGAUUUUUACUAUAAGUAAUUAGUUUAACUAUUAUUUGGAUAAUAAAAAUUUUGAGUUGUGUAUGACUCAUAUGCAUUAGAAAA